AUGGAGUCCAUCUCCACCACAGUGGGAGACGCUCUACUGUUUGGUGAAGAGGAAGCCGUGGCACUCCGAGUCACCAGGAACAUGAAAAUUAAUGCUGAAAAUAAGGUGAAGAUCAGUAUGGCGGGUGCAAAGUGUGUGCCUAUGGCCACUGCUGCAGCCACCAAGCCAGGACUGAGGCCAAGGACAGCACUGGGAGACAUUGGUAACAAAGUCACUGAACAGCUGCCUGCCAAAAUGCCUCUGAAAAAUGAAGCAAAAACUUUAGCUACUAGAAAAGUUAUUGCUGGCUCUGUCUCAAAAAAAAAAAACCCUCUGGAAAAGGUGCCCGAGCCUGUUCCUGUGCCUGACCCAAAGCAAGAGCCAGAACCUGAGCCUGUUAAAGAGAAAAAACUUUCACCUGAGUCGAUUCUGGUUGAUACCCCCUCUGCAAGUCCAAUGGAAACAUCUGGAUGUGUCCCUGCAGAAGAAUAUCUGUGUCAGGCUUUCUCUGAUGUAAUUCUUGCAGUGAAUGAUGUGGAUGCAGAGGAUGGAGCUGAUUCAAACCUAUGUAGUGAAUAUGUGAAAGAUAUUUGUGCUUAUCUGAGACAACUUGAGGAAGAGCAAGCAGUCAGACCAAAAUACCUGGCAGGUCAGGAAAUCACCGGAAACAUGAGAGCCAUCCUGAUUGACUGGCUAGUACAAGUUCAAAUGAAAUUCAGGUUGCUGCAGGAGACCAUGUACAUGUCUGUUUCCAUUAUUCAUCAGUUCAUGCAGAAUAAUUGUGUACCCAAGAUACUACAGCUGGUUGGUGUCACUGCCAUGUUUAUUGCAAGCAAAUAUGAAGAAAUGUACCCUCCAGAAAUUGGUGACUUUGCUUUUGUGACUGACAACACUAAGCACCAAAUCAGACAGAUGGAAGUGAAGAUUUUAAGAGCUUUAAAUUUCAGUCUGGGCCAGCCGCUACCCCUGCACUUCCUCUGGAGAGCAUCUAAGAUCGGAAAGGUUGAUGUUAAGCAACAUACUUUGGCCAAAUACCUGAUGGAACUGACUAUGUUGGACUACGAGAUGGUGCACUUUGCUCCUUCUCAAAUUGCAGCAGGAGCUUUUUGCUUAGCAUCGAAGAUUUUGGAUAAUGGUGAAUGGACUAUCAAGAACAAGUAUGCCACGUCUAAGCAUGCUAAGAUCAGCACUGUAGCACAGCUGAAUUCUGCAUUAGUUCAAGAUUUAGCCAAGGCUGUGGCAAAGUACUAUAUCUGCAAAUAA